AUGCCUGUAACCCUGCAAUUACUGUGUACAAGCCCCACGCCCUCACUCCCCAGCUCCACAUCUCCACAUCACCCCAGCUCCACAUCUCCCCAUCUCCACAUCUCCCCAGCUCCACAUCUCCACAUCACCCCAGCUCCACAUCUCCACAUCUCCCCAGCUCCACAUCUCCCCAUCUCCACAUCUCCCCAGCUCCACAUCUCCACAUCACCCCAGCUCCACAUCUCCACAUCUCCCCAGCUCCACAUCUCCCCAUCUCCACAUCUCCGCAGCUCCACAUCUCCCCAGCUCUACAUCUCCCCAUCUCCACAUCUCCCCAGCUCCACAUCUCCCCAUCUCCACAUCUCCCAAGCUCCACAGCCCCACGCCCUCACUCCCCAGCUCCACAUCUCCCCAGCUCCACAGCUCCACGCCCUCGCUCCCCAGCUCCACAUCUCCCCAGCUCCACGCCCUCACUCCCCAGCUCCACAUCUCCCCAGCUCCACAGCUCCACGCCCUCGCUCCCCAGCUCCACAUCUCCCCAGCUCCAUGCCCUCACUCCCCAGCUCCACAUCUCCCCAGCUCCACAGCUCCACGCCCUCGCUCCCCAGCUCCACAUCUCCCCAUCUCCAAAUCUCCACAUCUCCACAGCCCCACGCCCUCACUCCCCAGCUCCACAUCUCCACAGCUCCCCAGCUCCACACCCUCACUCCCCAGCUCCCCAUUACCUCAGGUCCACAGCCCCACGCCCUCACUCCCCAGCUCCACAUCUCCCCAGCUCCACAGCCCCACGCCCUCACACCCCAGCUCAACAUCUCCCCAGUUCCACAGCCCCACGCCCUCACUCCCCAGCUCCACAUCUCCCCAGCUCCACAGCCCCACGCCCUCACUCCCCAGCUCCACAUCCCCCCAGCUCCACAGCCCCACACCCUCGCUCCCCAUCUCCCCAUCUCCCCAGCUCCCCAUCUCCCCAGCUCCCCAUCUCCCCAGCUCCCCAUCUCCACAGCUCCCCAUCUCCACAGCUCCCAAUCUCCACAGCUCCCCAGCUCCCCAGCUCCUAAUCUCCACAGCUCCCCAACUUCAAAGCUCACCAGCUCCCCAUUUCCGCAUCUCUCCAGGUCCCAAUGUCCCCAUUUCGCCAGCUCCCCAGCUCCCCAUUUCCCCAUUUCCCCAUCUCCCCAGGUCCCCAGCUCCCCAUCUCCUCAGCUUCCCAGCUCCCAUCUCCACAGCUCCACGGCUCCACAGCUCCACAGCUCCCCAUCUUCUCAUCUCCCCAGCUCCACAGCUCCACAGCUCCACAGCUCCACAGCUCCCCAUCUCCACAGCUCCCCAGCUCCCCAUCUCCCCAGCUCCACAGCUCCACAGCUCCACAUCUCCACAGCUCCCGAGCUCCACAGCUCCCCAUCUCCACAGCUCCCCAGCUCCCCAGCUCCACAGCUCCACAGCUCCCCAUCUCCACAGCUCCACAGUUCCCCAGCUCCACAGCUCCACAGUUCCACAGCUCCCCAUCUCCAAAGCUCCCCAUCUCUCCAGCUCCCCAUCUCCACAUCUUCACAGCUCCACAGUUCCCCAGCUCCACAGCUCCACAGCUCCCCAGCUCCACAGCUCCACAGUUCCCCAGCUCCACAGCUCCACAGCUCCACAGUUCCACAGCUCCACAGCUCCACAGUUCCACAGCCACAGCACCACAGCUCCACAGCUCCCCAUCUCCCCAGCUCCACAGCUCCCCAUCUCCCCAGCUCCCCAUCUCCCCAGCUCCCCAUCUCCACAGCUCCACAGUUACCCAGCUCCCCAUCUCCCCAGCUCCAUAGCUCCCCAUCUCCACAGCUCCACAGCUCCACAUCUCCACAGCUCCCCAUCUCCACAGCUCCACAGCUCCACAUCUCCACAGCUCCCCAUCUCCACAGCUCCACAGCUCCACAGCUCCACAUCUCCACAGCUCCCCAUCUCCACAGCUCCACAGCUCUACAGCCUCCCAGCUCCACAGAGAAGGUGAUGAUUGCGGGAGCUAGCGGUGGAACUGUUAUUUGUCAGAUGAAUUUGAAUUGA